GCAUUAGCUGCUUCCUUAGAAGAGCUUUAUAAUAAGCAGCUCUAUAAUCGGUUCAGAUCAACACGAGGCGGAUUUCUCAAGUGCGCUGUUUUUCUUUUUUUUUUUUUUUAAAUAUAUAAACCGUUUUGUUUUUGGAGGGCAUUAUUUAUAUAAUUAGUCAGUAUAAACUAACAUGGCAGACACCAAGGUAGAUUCCGCAACGGAAAUUUCCGCCAAGGACUUGAAGGAGAAGAAGCUCCUUGAGGAGAAGGAAAAUGGAAAGGAGGCCACUAAUGGAAAGGAAAAUGAGGAAAACGGAGAGCCUGAGAUCGACGAGGAAGAGGAGGACGAAGUAGAUGAAGAUGACGAAGAGGAAGACGGAGAGGGAGAUGAAGACGACGAAGAGGAGGAUGAUGAGGAUGAACUGGGCGGAGGAACGAAACGAGGGGCUGAUGAGGAUGAUGAGGAGGAGGUCGACCCGAAGAAACAGAAGACGGACGAUGAUGAUUAAAAGGAUUGUUGGAUGCUACUGAUCCAGUGUAGAGCUCAUCUUCAGCACGUUUGUUGGAGCCAGUGGCAUAAAGGACUCUCAAACAUCAAACAUGGUCAUUCCCCUCACCCCAUUCCCCUCCAAGUUCCUGUGUUUCACCCACUAAACCCCCAAUGCAAAAUUUUCUAGAGGGAAAAGUCCACCACACCACCCAGACCCCCAACACGACGACAAAGUUCACAAGACGAGGAUUUGUUUGUAUUUUUAUUUACAUUUUAUAUUUUUGUACAUAUUGUUAAGGGAUCAUUCACUUGAUUGUGAUCUCCUGUGACCAAAACGGUGCUUCUUUAUGAAAUUUUACUUGUUUGACCAUGUCUCGCAAACUUUGGAAACGGAAACAUUUAUAAAAUCAGCCAUUUAACUCUGAGCAUUCCAGUCAGAUUUUAUGUAUGAACCUUUAGUUGUACCAUAAACUUUUGUUUGUAUGGGAGGGCUAGGCCAAAGAAAAGGAGUUUUCUUAUUGUUUUUUUCGUUUGCAUUUGUUUUACCUUGGCCUGUCUGUGUGUGUGAAGUUUGUUCAACAAUAAACCUGACUUUUAUUUUGUGA